AUGGGAAAUAUUGAUAUUAUAGGUAAGUUUUUUCCACCUGCUCUAUACAUUGUAAAACUUGUGUACUCCUCGUUGUGCUGUUUGUAAUUUGUCAUACUUUAGAGCCUCGCUGGUUCACCCAAUGGACCAUUUGGUUGGGCGUCGUCUGCCUAGCAGGCUUCAAUGUGAUUACGUGGAGUUUGACAGGUUUUACUCAAUUUAUCUUAAAUGUGAGCAUCAUUUUAGGGUUUUCUGUCUCUUUUUUGGUAGUCGUUAUAAGUUGUGGCCGAAAUAAGGAACUUUUACCGUAAUGAAAACUGGUUACGGUUUUGGAGGCAAAAUUUCCCAUUUCAUUUGGCGUUGAAGCCGGUAAAAAAUAGUGUUUUUACGAUUUUCGGUAUGGUAAUUUCAGUAGGAUUAAAAAGUUAGUUAUGACAUUUCUUCUUCUACAUAUAAUUUUUUUUCUCACAAGGGAAUGGUCUGAACUUCCCCCAGCGUUAAGGAAAAUGACUGGUACAGGUGGAUAGAGCAGGUCGACUUUGGUAGAAAAAGGCAAUUUCCAGCUGCAAAAUAAGCACCGCCGACGAGAAAAUCGACCGAAAGUUCCGAAAAAAUUUCCUCUUUCUCUUCCCUCGGAAAAGAAGAGGAGCAUCCAGUGGUUUGGUUGGUCGAGUGGAUAGAGCGUCCGCUCGAUAUCCUUUUGGGGGUUGGUUCGAUUCCGGGGCAGCGCGAGUGGCUAUGAUAAGGCUUUAGUGACCAAGACAAACUCUUGCGAACCAAAAAAAAACAUUUUGCGAUUUUUCGAUUUUCUAGAGAUCAUAAAACACAUAAUAAUAAAGGAUUUCUAUGUAAAUUCCUCCAUUUUUUCUGUAAGAUUCCAGAACGGUUCCAGUCAUAUUCAAUAAUCUAGUCAUGGACUUUUUUAUGUGUUUUAUGACCUCUAGAAAAUCUAAAAAUUGAAAAAUAAUUUUUUUUGGUUCACAAGAGUUUAUCUUGGUCACUAAAGCCUUAUCAUAGCCACUCGCGCUGCCCCGGAAUCGAACCAACCCCCAAAAGGAUAUCGAGCGGACGCUCUAUCCACUCGACCAACCAAACCACUGGAUGCUCCUCUUCUUUUCCGAGGGAAGAGAAAGAGGAAAUUUUUUCGGAACUUUCGGUCGAUUUUCUCGUCGGCGGUGCUUAUUUUGCAGCUGGAAAUUGCCUUUUUCUACCAAAGUCGACCUGCUCUAUCCACCUGUACUAGUCAUUUUCAUUAACGCUGGGGGAAGUUCAGACCAUUCCCUUGUCAGAAGCCCCCAACAAAUGCACUUCCUCAGGUGCCAGUAAUCCACGUUGGUCAUCUUGCUCAGCCCACCACCGUCGUAUCACAGGUCGAUACUACCUCAGUAAACCCUACUCCACAAGACCAAAGUCGAUCCUCCAACAGCCACGUGGACGAUGUCAAUCAAAAUCACAUCUAUGAUAACCAGAUCAACAAAACGAUUCAGAGGCCGGAUGUCGCGGGAAAGUGGGCGUCUCACUCCGAACACGAGGAAAGAAAUUCUCAAAAAUCUCCAUUGCGUGAGACGCGGCCUUCAAACGUGUCUAACGAAUUGAAAAUAUCCAACAGUGAUCCAAAUGUUGGGAAGAUGAUAAAAAAGAAGAGAAAAUUUGGCAUUCAAAAAGCCAACCAAAAUAUGCAUCAGAAUAGCGUGGAAAUGGGUAAAACGCAGAAGGACUAG